AUGAGACAGCAAAACUUAGAGACACAUCUAAAUUUUAAUAUAAAUAAUCAUACAAAUAAUGUUAAUGGUAGAAAAUGGGUCACCAAUGGAGAGACAGCAAUAUUACUUAAUGAUCCAGCAAUAUCACAUACUAAAAUUAUAAGGAAAUGGAAUCGUCUAUCACGUCUUCAGAGAUCCAUAGUGUAUGCUGUGCUAGUUGUGACUGCAACAGCUCUUUUGUUGCUGUAUUUUUCUAAAACUGGUAUUGUCAUCAUUGAGCGAGGCAAUGAAGAUUCAGUUCAGGAAAAAUUAAGAAACACAUCUCUAAAUGCCAAACCUGCAUUGGACAACACAGUUCAAAUAAAAUAUGAUCCUACAGUGUAUGAGAGGCCUGUUUUUACAGGACCAAAAAAUGAUCGGCAACGGGCAUUGGUGGAAAGUUUUAGACAUGCAUGGAGAGGGUAUAAAGAGCAUGCUUGGGGCCAUGACAAUCUAAAACCAGUCUCUGGUAUGGCUUCUGACUGGUUCUCUCUUGGACUUACAAUUGUUGACAGUUUGGAUACAGCUUACAUAAUGGGACUAACUGAUGUAUUUGAGGAAGGCAAGCAAUGGAUCAAAGAAGAACUAAUAUUCACAAAAAAUAAAGAUGUUAAUUUCUUUGAAGUCACCAUUAGAAUACUAGGUGGCUUGUUAACAAAUCAUUAUUUCACUCAAGACCAGCUAUUUCUUGAUAAAGCUAUUGACCUCGGAGACCGUCUCAUGGCAGCAUUUUCGUCACCAUCUGGCAUCCCAUACUCUGAUGUGAACUUGGGAGCUAGAACUGCUCAUGCUCCUGAAUGGUCACACUACAGCACCACAGCUGAAGUUACUACUGUGCAGUUGGAGUUUAGGCAACUGUCCAGAGCUAGUGGCAACCCUAUAUUCGAGGAGGCAGCAGCAGCCGUUUCCGAGAAGAUUCAUCAGCUACCAAAAAAACAUGGACUUGUUCCAAUAUUUAUUAAUCCGAAUACAGGACAUUUUCUGCCUCACGCCACCAUCACUCUCGGAGCAAGAGGGGAUAGUUAUUAUGAAUACCUGCUAAAACAAUGGCUCCAGACUGGGAAAACAAUCAACUAUUUACUGGAUGAUUAUUUAACCGGCAUAGAAGGUGUACGUGAAUUUUUGGCAAAACGUUCAUCACCUAAUAAACGAUUGUUCAUCGGAGAGUUGUCUGCUGGUUCAGAGGCUUUCAAUCCGAAAAUGGAUCAUUUGACCUGUUUCUUGCCUGGAACAUUGGCCUUAGGUCAUUUGAAUGGCCUCCCCGACUGGCACAUGACAAUGGCCGAGGAACUUCUCUACACUUGCUAUUUAACUUAUGCUGCACAUCCAACGUUUUUAGCUCCAGAAAUAACACAUUUCAAUCUCGCGAGCACAACAGAUGAUAUGUAUACGAAAUCGGCCGAUGCUCACAGCUUAUUGCGACCGGAAUUUAUUGAGAGUUUAUGGUAUAUGUAUCAAAUAACUGGCAAUACUACCUAUCAAGAAUGGGGCUGGCAGAUAUUCCAGGGCUUCGAAAAAUAUGCCAAAGUGCCAAACGGCUAUUCGUCUCUAACAAACGUGAAAUCUGAAAAUCCAAUACCACGUGACAUGAUGGAAUCUUUCUUUUUGUCAGAAACACUUAAGUACUUGUACUUAUUAUUGAGUGACGAUCGCUUUCUCAUCGAUUUGAAUAAGUAUGUCGUCAAUUCGGAAGCGCACCCUUUACCUAUACAUAAAAAUUAGUGAGAUUUAAAGUAAUAAUAAUACGUUAAUGUUUAUUUAACAUAAGACGUAUUCGCAUGAUUUAGUAGAAUAAGUCGCAAUUAGCUAAAUAUGCCGCACUUUUUUUUCUCAACUAAUAUGUCAGUAUAUUUAUUUUAAAAUGAGCACUAUCAUACUUAAAAUUCAUUCGUCAUUCGAGUAAUAACUGCAGGAUUCAGUAGUUUUCAGUAAAGUUGAAUUUGUUGACGGACUCCUCACUAAACAUUUAGAAUUUAAAGCUGUGAUCAUACGCGAAUUACAAUCAGUAUUUAUAUUCUGACGUGCCUGUUACUUAAAUGCCUUAUACGUUAAGGGAGGGAGAGCGAGCUAAAGUUAUCACUGGAUGUUAGUUUGAGCGGAAUUAGUCAAAUUAUUAUUAAUGCGUGACGGGUGCGUUAAUGUUUUAUUUUAACAGUAGGUACAAUUUACAAUUUUGACAUAUUAAAAUUGUCUUUCCAUAAAAUUUGACAGUUAAACAGUUUUACGCACAACGAACUAACUCCCUUCGAUUUCUCCUUAAAAACAUACUUCUGAUUUUUCAAUAAACAGUUUUACCGUCAAAUUAUUAUAUAUUUAAUUGUAUUGUUUAGGGUUUGUGUGGCGGUAGUUUAAAAAAGCUUCGUGAUUGCACAUCCGUAUCACGAAUGUUUGUGUUCAUUGAAUUCUCUUCUAAAAGCAAUUUAUUAUGUACUUAUUAGAUUUAAUAUUAUAUUAAAGAAUCUUAUUUAUUAUGUAAUAAUGAAAUUAAAUGAAAUACGUAAGUAUAGUACUUAUUUUGACUCGAUUCGUGAAUGUAUUUGUUGCAUAUGCAUAUGUUGUUUGUAAUUAUAUUAUAAGAAAACCGAUACAUGAUAAUUUCAAGCAAUAUCGUAAAGAUUAAGUCGAAAAGUCCAUGGUUACGCGCCAAAAAAUUUCGUAAAAAUAUUAAGAAAGCUAGAAAAAACAUGCUGUUUUUCGUGAUAUAAAACCAGUGAGAUUUUUCUAAUUAAAUUUAAGCUAGUUUGCUAGCGAAUGCCACUAGAUGAAAAAUAGGACGUACCGUUUUAUUCGUCAAAUCGAAUUUGUGCCACAGUUGCUGUAACUGAAUAACAUAUAUCACAUUACAUAAAUUGGAACAAUUUUAUUUACAGAGUACAGCAAUGCACAAAAGUAUUACAGUAUUUUAUGGGGAGACUCGUUCUUUUUAAAUAUACGUUUUGAAUAAUUUUUAAUAUUGUCCAUGGGUUCCACAUACAUCAUCAGAAUGAGGUGCUUUAGUCUGUGUCGUUGAAAUUAUAUUCUUUCACAAUUUAUUCAAAUUCCAUCCAUAAAACUUUUCAAACACAUAAGCGAAUUAUAUUGUACUUUAAUAAAAUAAUUUAAAUGUUUAGUGUUAUUCGUGCUAGUAAUUUAUUUAGGUAUUAAGAAAUUUACCUAUACUUAAAAUAGACGUUCAUUUGUUGUGUAUAAAAAUUCAACUUUUAAAUUAUAUAAAGAUUUACUUAAUAAGAUACAAAAUUAUAGAGACAUAGAGAUGAAUAAAUAUUUAAAAAUUUAACUGAACACGGUUAUUCUGAAUGAUCCGGCCUGUAAAAUUUAAAUUUAGUAUCACUCAAAUGAAGGCCAAGUCCAUUAGAAGACUCAUCGUGUAGUGGUAACAUGUAUAAUUAUUUACACAUCAAAUGAACGAUCUCUCUGCACAAAUAAGUGCUAGCAUUGUUGAUAGUGAGACUUUUCUAUUAAUAUUUACAUUUAGCUUUACACAUUAUAGAUGUUCGAUUUUAUUGACUUGUUGAAUAAAAGUAUUGUAUCAAUUCAAUAAUAAUAAUCAUAAUAAUAAAUUUAUUUCUCUAUUACAUUGUUGACGAAUUAUAGAGGCGAUUGAAAAAUAUGUAAUAGCUUGAUAACACGAUGGAUCCCAAUAAAAGCGGGACUUGGACUGGAAUGUAUUCGAGUAUGAUUAUCUCAUACAUUGCAUUUAUGUAGUUAUAUGCUGAAAACGUUAAAGUAGUUUUUCUUAAUGUAGAACGUGCGAGUUUUGCAAUUGCAGUUGCAAGUUUGGCGAAUUCCUAUUGCGGAAUUUUGGAUUUGUUCAGCAAAAUAAGUCAUUGUACAAUCGAGAACCAUUCGAGUAUUUAAAAAAAUAAUUAAAUAAAACUUGUUCAAGUGAUUUAUAUUUAAACUUUUGCCUUUUCAGCAGCUCACUACUUUUAUUGUUACAAGAGUAGCCCAAAAUAUUAAAAAUUAGAAUAAACAGACUGAUGUGUUUAUAAACACAAAUAAUGCCUAUUUCAUGAAAUGCUGAAAUAUUAGUUAGGAGUUAAAAUGCAAAACUUAAGUUUCUUAUGCAGAUAAAAGAAACAGUAUAUGUUUAUUUGCAUUAAGUGAGAUAUAAUCAAGUUAAGUAUUUCAAACUGGUUGCCUUACAAGUACAUAAUAUUAUGAGUGUUUAAAAUUAAAUUCGCAGAAUAUAAUCGACUGAAUGAAUUGUGCAAAUUCUUUGAAAAUAGUAUCGCGUAGUGCACUUUUGAUGAUUAUGAAAAUUGUUAUAUUUUUUCUAUUGUAAUUAAACAGAAUAAGAUUCGCUAGAAAUUCAAGUAAUGUAGCAUACAACGCACACAGUAGCAAUUUGAUAAUACAAUUUUAUAUCACUUGUUGCAAAUUUAAAGAUACAAAGACACAUGUUAGCAUUUAUACUGUAGGUAGAUGUAACAGAAAAAAGUAUUUUUACAUGACUAAUAUCUACUUUAAUAAUUUUUGAUGGAAUUAUUUGCAAUUAUCAUUACUGCGUAUAAAAACAUUAAUCUGAAAAGGUUACUGCAAAACAACCCUUGAUUAUAAAUGUAAAUAAAUAUUUUAAAGUAAUGAUAUUAUAUUUUCAUCUCUUAGUCAUUUUUCUUGUAACGUAGUAACUACUAAGUCUCCUUUAGAUAUUAAGUAUUUAAUAUUCACAGUGAACAUUUACACAAUUUGUAUGUAAUAUAUUAUAACGUAUACCAAAAAAUUUAUCAAAUUCAUUAAUUGGUCGGUAGUGUCACAAAAAUAUAUUUAUUAUGAGCACUAAUUGGGAAUAUAUUAUUGUGUGCGAGUUAAGUAGUGUAGAUUUUAUUGUAAUGGUUAUUAGAAAAUUUAUUAGUUACCAUGAACUAGUGUGCGCUUGUGUUAAAUGCGGUGCAUUUACGCAAUUCGUUGAUAGUUUAACAUAAUAUAUAUAUUUUAAUAUAAUUAAUUUCGUAUACAUUUGUAUUUAGUAAA